CCGGUGUGACCAGCCCGGCCGGGGGGGCAAGAUGGCGGCGGCAAUAGGGGUCCGCGGCAGGUUCGAGCUGCUACCUUGCUCUGGCCCAGGUUGGCUUAUCAGCCUUUCCGCUUUGCUGAGCGUGGUGGCUCAAGGGGCCUUGGCCACUACGCACUGGGUCGUCACGGAGGACGGGAAGAUCCAACAGCAGGUGGAUUCACCAAUGAACUUGAAGCAUCCCCAUGACUUAGUCAUAUUAAUGAGACAAGAAACAACAGUUAACUACCUCAAAGAACUAGAGAAACAACUAGUUGCUCAAAAAAUUCACAUAGAGGAGAAUGAGGACAGAGACACAGGCCUGGAACAGAGACACAAUAAAGAAGACCCCGACUGCAUCAAGGCCAAAGUGCCUUUGGGAGACCUGGACCUUUAUGAUGGCACAUAUAUAACUCUGGAGAGCAAGGACAUCAGGCCUGAGGAUUUCAUAGACACAGAAUCUCCUGUCCCUCCAGACCCAGAGCAACCUGAUUGUACUAAAAUCCUAGAGCUUCCCUAUAGUAUACAUGCUUUUCAGCACUUACGAGGUGUACAAGAAAGAGUUAAUCUUUCUGCCCCUCUCUUACCUAAAGAAGAUCCAAUCUUCACGUAUUUGUCUAAACGCUUAGGAAGAAGUAUUGACGACAUAGGUCACCUCAUUCAUGAAGGCCUACAGAAGAAUUCUUCCUCCUGGGUACUAUAUAACCUGGCUUCAUUUUACUGGAGAAUAAAAAAUGAGCCUUAUCAAGUAGUGGAGUGCGCCAUGCGAGCGCUGCACUUCUCCUCCAGGCACAAUAAAGACAUUGCUCUGGUCAACUUGGCCAAUGUUCUACACAGAGCGCAUUUCUCCGCGGAUGCGGCUGUCGUGGUCCAUGCAGCCCUGGAUGACAGUGACUUCUUCACCAGCUACUACACACUGGGGAAUAUAUAUGCAAUGCUCGGGGAAUAUAACCACUCAGUGCUCUGUUACGACCACGCCUUGCAAGCCAAGCCUGGGUUUGAGCAAGCUCUAAAGAGGAAACACGCUGUCCUGUGUCAGCAAAAACUGGAGCAGAAGCUAGAGGCUCAGCAUCGGUCCCUUCAGAGAACCCUGAAUGAACUAAAAGAGUACCAGAAGCAGCAUGACCACUACCUGCGGCAGCAAGAGAUUCUAGAGAAGCACAAGCUGAUUCAGGAGGAACAGAUCUUACGGAACAUCAUCCACGAGACACAGAUGGCAAAAGAGGCGCAGCUGGGAAAUCAUCAGAUAUGCCGGCUGGUCAACCAGCAACAUAGUUUGCAUUGCCAGUGGGACCAACCCGUGCGCUACCAUAGAGGAGAUAUCUUCGAAAAUGUGGACUAUGUUCAGUUUGGUGAUGAUUCAUCAACCUCCAGUAUGAUGUCUGUGAAUUUCGAUGUUCCUACAAAUCAGAGUGAUGUCAGCGAAUCUGUCAGGUCUUCUCCUGUAGCCCAUUCUGUUCUCUGGGUCUGGGGCCGGGACUCUGAUGCAUAUAGGGACAAACAACAUAUUCUUUGGCCUAAAAGAGCAGAUUGUACAGACAGCUAUCCCAGAGUCCCCCUUGGUGGAGAAUUGCCAACAUACUUUCUGCCUCCAGAGAACAAAGGACUCAGGAUCCACGAAUUGACCAGUGAUGAUUAUUCUUCAGAAGAGGAGGCCAAACCCCCUGACUGUUCCAUAACUGACUACAAAAAAAGCCACACUCUGUCCUACUUAGUCAAAGAAUUAGAGGUCCGAAUGGAUCUGAAAGCCAAGAUACCCGAUGACCAUGCACGAAAAAUUUUACUUUCCCGUAUUAAAAACUAUACUAUCCCAGAAGAAGAAAUUGGGUCUUUCUUGUUUCAUGCUAUUAACAAGCCCAAUGCUCCUGUCUGGCUCAUUCUGAACGAAGCAGGCCUGUACUGGAGAGCCGUAGGAAACAGCACCUUUGCUAUCGCCUGCCUUCAGAGGGCUUUGAACUUAGCACCAGUUCAGUACCAGGACAUCCCUCUCGUCAACCUGGCCAACCUUUUGAUUCAUUACGGCCUUCAUCUUGAUGCUACCAAGUUGCUGCUGCAAGCCGUGGCGGUCAAUAGUUCUGAGCCCCUGACCUUUUUAAGCCUGGGAAAUGCUUACCUUGCUCUGAAGAAUGUCAGCGGGGCCCUUGAAGCCUUCAGACAGGCCUUGAAGCUUACCACCAAAUGCCCAGAGUGUGAGAACAGCCUGAAGCUGAUCCGCUGCAUGCAGUUUUACCCUUUUCUGUACAACAUCACCUCUUCUGUUUGUAGUGGUCAUUGUCAUGAGAAAACCCUGGACAACAGCCAUGACAAACAGAAAUACUUUGCCAAGCCACAGUCAUUGGACGCUGCUGAAGAAGAGCCCUCUGGGCCAGGAACAGACGAGGACCCUGUGCUGUCUGUUGAGAACGCAGGGAGGGACUCACAUGCCCUUAGACUUGAAAGCACAGUGGUGGAGGAGAGCAAUGGUUCUGACGAGGUCGAGAAGUCAGAUGAAUCAAAGAUGUCCGAAGAGAUCCUGGCUUUGGUGGAUGAGUUUCAGCAGGCCUGGCCUCUGGAAGGCUUCGGGGGAACAUUGGAAAUGAAGGGGCGACGUCUGGACCUGCAGGGAAUACGGGUACUGAAGAAAGGACCUCAGGAUGGAGUAGCCAAGAGCUCUUGCUAUGGAGACUGCAGAAGUGAAGAUGAUGAAGCAACAGAGUGGAUCACAUUCCAGGUCAAACGUGUAAAGAAACCCAAAGGGGAUCAUAAAAAACCUCCUGGGAAAAAAGUAGAGGCGAGUCAAGCAGAAAAUGGACAACGCUACCAAGCAAACUUAGAGAUCACUGGCCCAAAGGUGGCCUCUCCUGGGCCGCAGGAAAAAAAGCGUGACUACCAGAGUCUGGGGUGGCCCAGUCCCGAUGAGUGCCUCAAACUCCGCUGGGUAGAGCUAACUGCCAUCGUGAGCACCUGGCUAGCAGUUUCUUCAAAGAACAUUGACAUCACAGAGCACAUAGACUUUGCCACACCCAUACAGCAGCCAGCAAUGGAACCGCUGUGCAAUGGUAAUCUCCCCACGAGCAUGCACACCCUGGACCACUUACAUGGAGUGUCCAACAGAGCCAGCCUUCACUACACCGGGGAGAGCCAGCUAACAGAGGUACUUCAGAAUCUUGGCAAGGACCAGUAUCCGCAACAGUCACUUGAACAAAUCGGCACCCGAAUCGCCAAGGUUUUGGAAAAAGUGUUGUCAUGCUCACGGAUGUACGACAGUUAUUGGUUGCUGCCUUCAUAGACUGACAGCGACACAGUGUGUGUGGACUGUUGAAAGUUUGUAGCGCUAUCUGAAAAUAGUCCUGCCCUUACUCUUCCCUAAGAAGUCACAUCAGAGCCCAGUCUGGUCCCCAGGAGCUAAUGGCAGGCAGUGUUGGGGAAAAGAGCAUGUUAAACAGAGUCACUGGGAAGCCAGCAAGAGUCGGGAAUGGCUCCAUGUUACACAGCACUGCCUCUUCACAGACAUAGUAGAUGAGGAAAACACCAGCAAGACUCUAGAGAUCAAGGAGGCAUAAGGAAUGUGUCACCCAGUUACAGUGUGUGGACCUUACUUAAACUAUUAUUAUUCAAAUUGUGAGAGCAAAGCAGAGCUUCCAUAAUCCAACUGGGGAAAUAUGCCACCUGAAUAAUUGAUGGUAUUAAAGAAUAAGUUGCAAUAUUUUAGAUAUAAUCUAUUAGUCAUAGGCUUUAAUGUGAGUUUUUGCCUUAGCAGUACCCUGAAAAAAUGAAUUGGUAAGAUUCCAUGAAGCCCGGGGCUUGCACCGGUAACAGACUGGAGAAGCAGAUGGACGGAAACGGACGGCGCUCAGUCCAGAGGCUUUCUUACUGUGUGUGUGCACGCUAAGUUGUUAUAAGUCAUUUAUCCAUGUGUGUGCACAGGCAGGGGUCAGUUCACAACUCGCUGGUUGAUUUUCUUCUCCUGUCAUGUAGAUUCCAAGAAGCAAACUCAGGUGAUCAGUCUUGGCAACAAGUGCCUUUACCUGAUAGGCCAUUUUGUUGACCCAUGUGUACACUUUCUAAAUAUCCAUUAUAAUCUAUUUUAAAGAAAUGUAAAUAUGAUAAAGUUAAAAAAAGUUUAAUAGCAACAAUGAAAAAAAAAAACUAUUGAAAUCAGAAAGCAGUUAAUAGAACCCAAUUGGCAGAAAGGGUUUUUCUUUUGAGGGAGGGGUGUAUUUUUGAAAGAGGACCUGGUGUAACCCAGGGUGGCCUCAAACUCACUUUUUUAGCAGAAGAUAACCAUGAGUUUCUGAACAUCCUGCCUUUACUUCCCAAGUGCUAGGGUCACAUGUGUACACCAGCUGUAAAUGAAAUAAUUAUUUAAGAAGUGUAGUCACACAAUGGGGCUAGGUGAGAUGAACCUAGUUAGUGACUUAGAAACUUCAUGUAAGAAAUUACAUCAGUCCUCUGCCCCAAAAGUUCCUGGAUACGGGAACACUUGCUGACUAUCUUCAUGAAGCUCAGUCCUACCUGGUGAUGCCUUCUCUAUCCACUCUGCUAACCUCUCAGCAUCACACUGUUGACUCUGGAUCUCAAGUACAACAGUGGACUUAUCAGCAAGAGCAUUGAAUAAAGAGAUAAGUCUGUCAGUAGACAGGAAAUGCCAUGUGUCCCAAAUGGGUGAGUGCGAGGAGGUCCACUCCUAGACACAGUACAGCAAAGCCCUCUAACAACAGCGACAGAUGACUUUAAAAGCGUGUGUUCAGUCAGGUAGUGUCAGGAAGACAGAGUAGGCACCAGGUAUUUCAGAAAACCAAACUUAACGUAGAAAACAGAUUACGUUGUUGUAGAAGGAUGAAAAGGGGGGAAGGAAAUACUGAGGUAAACCACAGACAGCAGCUGUAGUGAGUCCUCACAGCAAAAGGGUGGGGGGAAGCAAGCAUUGAGGCCUCUGCUAGCUUACAUCACAGAUCUACAGGAAGUGUUCUGUAGGACUCUGACAAACCUGGCUGCUGCUGAGGCACACUGAGGCUCCUAGGAGGGCUGAGUGCCCCCAGCUUUGGUCGCCAUUGCUGGAAUGAGUCUGGGUGGUGUGAGCCUGGGUGAACAGAAAGAACAACAUCCCUUUCCGCACCAGCCUCCAGUCCCCUAGGGCAGAUGUUUGUAGAACAUAACAGGAAGCCUGCUUACAACAGAGAAAGGCGAUUUUCAGACUCACAGCCACAGGACCACAGUGCAGUUAUAGAAUUAGGCUUUGGCCUUGAGACAGAACAGCUUAAUAAAUAUCCAUGCAGCCAUUCAUUCAUUUACUCAUCCAGUAGGUACUGACCGAGGGUCUUUACCGUGUGUCUCGUUAGUGCUGAAGGUAAAUCAGUGAAGGGAACCUGAAGGAUUGGUGACAUUGUGGGGAUUAGGAAAGGACAGCUCACCUACAGAGGGAUAGUGACUGAAAUGACAGCCUGCAUGAUAGGACCAUCAAAGCCAGAUGACAAUUCUGAAAGGACGCAGACCCCCUAGAAUUAUAUGACCUUCUGUAAGGGAAGGAUAAAGACAUUUAAAGAUACAACGCUAAGAAAAGUUCACAUUCCAAGAGUCCUGCCCAAAGCAACUCUAUGUACCAGCUACCAAUGCCUUAUCCUAAGACACAAGAUUUGCAAAGAAGUAAGAUGAUAAAGUCACAAAUACAGAUGUAACCUGUAGGUAGGGUUGUAGAUUUUAAAAGAAAUAACAAAGCCGGGCAGUGGUGACUCACGCCUGUAAUCCCAACACUCUGGGAGGCAGAGACAGGCGGAUUUCUGAGUUCGAGGCCAGCCUGGUCUACAGAGUGAGUUCCAGGACAGCCAGGGCUAUACAGAGAAACCCUGUCUUGAAA